AUCCUUCUUACAUUACAUAACAAAAAUACCCCCACAUAUGAGUAGUCAUUGUGGCAACAGGUUUGCCUGUCAUAAUGUGCUUAGAUUGUUUAUAGCCUCCACAAAGCCUUCAAUACAACCAAGACGAUUCUCUUCUACUCUUGUCGAGCACGUCAAAUCACAAGAAACAACCCCUAAACUCUAUGACUAUCACCAAAAAUUACGAGCACACGUCAAAAUGUUCAAGACAAAAGAAGCCCAAAUAAAAGCAGAGGCCGUAUUAGACGACAUGAAACAACAUGGUGUCCAACCCAAUCACCAAACAUAUCUCCAUUUAGUGAUGGGACUGUCAUGGCAACGCCAUCGCAACCGAGAACAAAACGAUCGCAUGGAAUCCUGGUUCUACGAAUACCUGAAUCUGCAAAGAAACAAAAAGAGAAAACGACCUCAAGUCAAACUGAAAAAAAUUCUGCAGAGUAUAGCCCACUAUGGUCAUCCAAACCUAAAGACCAUGUUCAUCAAAAUGCUAGAUCUAUACGAGCACGAAUUGGAUAUCGAGUGCUGGCAUAGUGUCAUCACAGGCUGCAUCAACGCAAAACGAUAUGAAGAUGCAGAAUACGUGUUAGAGCUGGCAAGAAAGCGAAAAUUGGCCAUUCCUUCAAGCUAUCAUUUGUUGAUCCGUACCUAUUUAUCGCUUCGAGAUCAGAAAUCAGCCAGCCGUAUUUUUGCUUUUAUGCUACAGGAUCAAAUUGUGGCCGAUUAUUCUAUUUAUGCAUCAUUCAUCCAAUUCUAUACUUCACUACAGCCGAAUUGGGACACAUUUGAGACUGUCAAGAGGUUAUGGCAAGCACUUUUGUUUACAGCAAAAGAAGAGAUACCACAUCCAAUGAUACAUCAACUGCUGAAAUACUUUAGAAAAAACUUUCAAUUGGCAGUGGCAGAACAAAUCUAUUUGGAUUUGAAAUCGAGAAAACAAAGGCUGAAUGAAAAGGAAACAGUAGAAAUGAAUAAGGUCAUUGUUGGAUUUGCACACUGGAGACAAUUGCCGUCUGCGUUGUCACUUGUGUAUGAUUUGCUAGGAGAAGGAUACAAAUUGGAUGCAAGAAUAAUUUGUAGAAUAUUAGAAGCAUGCAUUGCUAGAAAAGACAGAGAAGCUGCUCAAAGACUUGUGAAUAUAUUAGAAGAAGUACAGCCAAGUGCAUUAAAUCAAUCAUGUUAUGAUGUGCUCAAAAAAUAAAAUGGUUACUUAAUACCCC